GUGAUACUGUCUCAAGAGAUGAUUGGGUUUUGAUUAAGAAAUUAAAACCUGUGUUUGAUAUCAAGUGAUUCAGUAUCUUUUCUUCUUUUAUGUAUAGCUAUCUUUUAUCCUUUAUAUAUAAAUUGUAUGUACAAAUUUUUGCAAUCGAUUUUGCAAUUUUAUUGGUAAAGACACGAGAUUCUUUUUGGUUUUAUGGUCGUGCGUCAGGCCCAAAAAACUAGAAAACAAAUUUUCACCAAUAAAGUUGUGAGAAAUCAUCAGCGCUAACUAAAGCUAAUUGUAGUUGAGUCUGUUGAUAAUUGACAACAAUUUUUAUAACAAUAUAUAAUUAGAUAAGAUGGCUCAAGAUUUACCACCCAUCGGAGGAUACGAGCCUGUGCAAUGGAAAAGAAAUCUUCCAUCCCGAGGAUUUAGACCCACAAUAUAUUUUUGGGGGAUUACUGGAUUAAUGGCAUUUGGAUUCUAUAGAUUAUAUCAAGGGGCUGAUGAACAACGAGAAUUAUCAAGAGAAAGACAAUGGUCAAGAUUUUAUUUGGAACCUUUGUUACUAGCUGAAGAAGAUAGAAAUAUUGCUCGUAGAUAUUAUAGUGAAAAGGCCAGACAAGAAUUAGUUAGAGACAGUAUGAGUGAAGAAGUUAAGGCUAAAUUUGAUCAAGAAAUUUAUAAUGACAAAUCUAAAUUCCGUUUCCCAAAAUACAUUGCUGGUCCAAGUUCUUCUGAACGUUAAAAGAGCUCCAGAAUUGUUGCAUUGUUUCAUAUCAUUACCUUUCAUUUCACAGCAUCAUCGAAAUACCAAUACCUAUUAAUUAAUUAAUAUUUUUAAUUGAGUAUUGAGUUUAUCGUAUCAUUUUCCCUAAGUGUAAAUUAUUAUUCAUAAGUAGAUGAUCGUAUGGCACUAACUGAUCGAUCGAUUAUUGAUUGUUCGGUUCAUGGCCUCUCUACUAUCUUCUAUAUAUAUACAUAUAAACAAUUUUAUAUAUAUUAUUAUUAUCAUUAUUAAUUAGUUAAAACUAUUUGAGAAUCUUUGUGUAGAUAAAAGUAUCA